CUUAUUACCGCCUAGACAGGUGGAAAGUGAACAUCGUGAGAUUACGCAGAAUACGUUUAUUAAUUUGCGAUCUGUCUGCCGACGCGAAUGGUUGUUUAAUGCAUUCGCAAUUUAACUCGCAUUAUCUGUCCUAUGUUGAUCGAGUUUAGCGGACAAACGACAAAAACUUAUUCGAUUCGUGUUAAUAUUUAUGCCUUUGCACAUAUCUCAAGUCAGGUGAAGAGAGAAUCAGGUCGAUAUGACGAGUCGACUGUGGAAUAUGACGAGUCGACUGUGGAAAGCCUUGUCGCGAAGACGUGUGGAGGAGAACGAUGCAGGAGAAAAGAACAAAAAACUGGCACGAGUUCUCGGUUUGUUUGAUUUAACUGCACUCGGUGUGGGCGCGACCCUCGGUUUAGGCGUUUAUGUCCUUGCCGGAAGCGUAGCGAAAGAGACCGCCGGACCGGCCGUUUGUAUCUCAUUUCUCAUAGCCGCCGUUGCGUCCGCACUUGCAGGCAUGUGUUAUGCGGAAUUCGCAUCGAGAGUCCCGAAAGCCGGCUCGGCAUAUGUUUAUAGUUACGUAACAGUAGGCGAGUUCAUCGCCUUUGUGAUUGGAUGGAAUUUAAUUUUGGAAUACGUAAUAGGUACGGCAAGCGUCGCCCGAGGUCUCAGCAAUUAUAUCGACGCGCUGAUAGGAUACUCUAUUCGCGACACCAUGCGCUCUCUUAUGCCCAUUAACGUUACCUUUCUGUCGGAAUAUCCGGAUUUCUUCGCCUUCGGCAUGGUCAUGCUGCUGGUGGCGUUACUAUGUGUGGGGGUAAAGGAAUCGUCGAUGUUAAACAAUGUGUUCACCGUUAUAAACAUAUUAACUAUAACAAUCGUGAUUGUCGCGGGAUCAUUGAAAGCGGAUCCGGCAAACUGGUCGAUCGCACCGGCGGACAUUCCGAGCUCCGUAACUGACGGCGGAACGGGUGGAUUCAUGCCGUUUGGUAUCGGCGGAGUGAUGAUCGGAGCGGCAAAAUGUUUCUACGGAUUUGUAGGAUUUGACGGAGUCGCUACCACCGGCGAGGAAGCGAAGAAUCCUCAGCGUCAUAUCCCGCUGGCAAUCGUGUUUUCUUUAAUCAUUGUAUUCGUGGCGUACUUCAGUAUUUCUACGGUUUUGACGAUGAUGCUGCCUUAUUACGCUCAGGACGCGGACGCUCCGUUUCCGCACGUGUUCGACGAGAUCGGCUGGCCGGCCAUCAAAUGGAUCGUCAAUAUAGGCGCGAUAUUUGCGCUGUGCACCAGUCUCCUAGGCGCGAUGUUUCCCUUACCGCGUGUGCUAUAUGCCAUGGGGAGCGACGGAUUGGUGUUCAAAUUUCUUUCUAAGGUGAACCCCAAGACGAUGACACCUGUGUACGGCACAGUGCUCUCCGGCCUCCUAAUCGGUCUUAUGACGCUCAUCUUUAAUCUGCAACAGUUGAUCGACAUGAUGUCUAUUGGCACUUUACUUGCGUAUACAAUAGUGGCGAUAAGCGUUUCAAUAUUGAGAUAUCAGAACGAAGAUGCCACCGCUACAAUACCGAUAAAUUAUCAAUUCACGCCUGUAAACAUGUUUAAGGAGUUGUUUAAUUUGCAUAAUCAAAAGGAACCGACGGAGCUCUCUAGUAGAAUCGCGAAUAUCAGUAUUGGUUUAUUAUGUGUCAUUAUAUGCAUCAUUAUCUUUCUGAUUACUAACAUGGGCGCGCAAGUAAUUGCAGGAAACGUGUUAGUGUGUGUGAUAUUACUUGUACUAGUUAUUGUACUUUUAUUGAACUUAGCAGCGAUUGGUAGGCAACCGUCACAAAAGACUGAAUUAUCUUUCAAGGUACCUCUUGUUCCACUUAUUCCAUGUCUCAGUAUUUUUAUAAAUGUAUAUUUAAUGUUCCAAUUAGACGUCUUUACUUGGAUUAGAUUUGGCGUUUGGUUAUUAAUUGGUUUCUGCAUUUAUGGUUUCUAUGGAAUUACGCACAGUGAACAAGGAAAACGAAAUAAAGUACAACGCAAAAAAUUAGAAAAAGUAGAAUCGUACGGGAAGUUUAGAAUAGUAUCGGCAUUUUAAACAAUUUUGUUUUAAACACAAAUUGUAGAAAAAAUUGAGAUUUUACAAAAACUUUUACAGUUUACUUUUACAAAUCAUUGGUGGAUACCCACACGGAACAAAAUCUCCAUUAGACGUCUAUUAGACGUCGACAUCUAAUAGAUGUCUAAUGGAUGUCUGGAUGGAUGGAUGGAUGUCUGUGCGGAUACGGUCUAAUUUGUGUUACACAAUUUAUUCAAAACAUCAUUUAAUCUUCAUUUUUCAUUAAAUAUAGAAUGUUUUGCAUUUGUAGCGCGAUUUGAAUUCUAUUGAUUGAUGUAAAACACUGUUUUUAAAUAUUUAUUAUCUAACAUGAAAUGUAUUUUUUAAAUUUUUAGUGGGUAAUUUUUAUUAACAUUACG